UCAUGUUUCUUCAUACAGCUCUAAGCCAGUUAUUAAUAACAACCCAGUGAUCCACAGAACAGCAUAUGGUCAUUUUUUCACAAAAGACAGAGAUCAUCUCCUUGACUUUGGACCUCAGUUAUUGAGCCCUGAACAGAGCCAAGGUUGUUAAGAAACCACCUGUACCAAGGGCACUUUAUUCUGGCAAGAACGGCCUGUGAGGAAAUCUGAGGAGCAGUGUCAUCUACCACUACCUGGAAUUAAGUCAGGGAACAAGGACAUUCUGGACAUGAGUAGAAACUGGAUAUUAAUUUCUUCUACUAAUCCCACAAGUAUGGAGGAUGAAAUUAUGGGAAGACUUCUCAAAAUUUUAUUUGUUAUCUUUGUUGACUUAAUGUCUAUUAUGUAUGUUGUUAUAACAUCUUAGAAAGAUGACUUUGUUUAUUCUACAGGUGACUUUCAAACUGAAUCCCUCUGAAUAAAAAUGUUA